CUGGAAUGGCCCGGGAGGCUCUAGCUGAUUCUAGAAGGUACGGCGCGCUAGCCCGAAAAAGGUAUAUAUACUCUGGUUCGAUCAUGCGAUCUUCUCUUUCAUCUCUCAACCUCACGUCAGGAUAAUAAUUACUCCUUAAUCACCUACUAUAAUAAAUUCAAAGCAAAAACAUCAAGUCCAACACUCAACCAUCAAAAUGAUCUUCCGCGGUUGCGCUGCCCCAAAGGCCACUGCUUCCCGCCGUCUCUCAUCCUCACAGCCAUACCACAUCACUCGGCGGACAAUAACUCCACAGCGCUCAAUCUCCAUCGUCCCGCGAUCCUUCUUUCCUCCUUCGCAAUUCACCUCUUCUAGAGGUAGUCAUGGCGGGGAGUUCUCGUCUCUAUUCCGCCUCUUAGACGAUUACACCGAUCACAUCACCCACCGCUUCAAUGAUUCCUUUUUCCAGGGUGAAAGGCCCAACCAAGUGACCGGGUUUGCGCCAAAUUUUGAUAUCCGUGAGACCGAUGACGCAUACCACCUUGAUGGUGAUGUACCAGGAAUAGAAAAAGAUGGACUGCAGAUUGAGUUCGUGGACGAGAAGACAUUACAAAUCAAAGGACGCACCGAGCGCAGCUUUUCUUCUGGAAAUCCACCUGCAGAGUCUACAACAACUGUGACCGAUGUCAAUAUGGGAGACGCUGCUGAAAACACUAAUGAGCCAGCUGCAAAGACAUCUGAUACCACUGAUGCAACCGAAACCACCAAGGCAGUCGCCCAGCCAGCCGAGUCCACGGAAGUCGAGAACAAUAACGAGCGAUACUGGGUGUCUGAGCGAUCUGUGGGCGAAUUCAGUCGCACUUUCAGCUUCCCUUCACCGAUUGACCAAGAUGCCGUUAAAGCGAGCUUGAAGAAUGGUGUGCUGUCAAUUACAGUGCCGAAGAAGGUGAAUGAGGAAGCUGUGAGACGGAUUACCAUUGAGUAGUGUAAUAUUUUACGAAUUUGAUGUCUUCGCAUUCUAUGGAGUACUUCGUGGCAUGGAUUAUUUAAUUAUUUUUGGCCUAUAUUAGUAUCUUGCUAAAAUUGAAUAAAAGAAAUUAUAACAA